CCAUUCAUUUACAGCGGAUUAAAUUGUGCAAAAUGUUGUUCUGUCUCGUUCUUUUGUUUCUUUUUAACGUGUGUGUGAGCGAGAAAAGUGACCUGGGAUUUGGAUUGAACAUUGGCAACGCUAUCGAUGUAUUUGCGAACUAUGGAGAUCUAUCACAAGUCACACAAGUGGUCUCAGCCGACUACGACGAAGAAGAGAAAGAGGAACCGAUAGUACCUUUCAGUGAGAAAAAUAUAAGGGUGUUUGCAAACGCCACGAGCACUGAGAACGGGUGGGAGACCCUGUCAGCUAACAUGGAUAUCAUGUUGUGCGAGAACUUUGAAGAACUACUGGAGAAGUAUUUUAGUAACUUCGUGAUUGAAGGAACAGACCGUCCCUGGAAGGCGUUCAUGGGCGACUGGAUCCUGGACGAGAUCAUGCGGACCCUGGGCAUCAUCUAUGACGGAAAGCCAGACAACUGUUGCUACGUCCUCGUGCGGCUCACCAAGAAACACAAGUCUGUGAAGCUAGGCAAUUUGCAAGAUGUCGCAGUAAAAGAUUACGUGAAGAGAGCCACAGAAAAUCUGAACGUGAGUGACCCUAGCGAAGUGCGGAGGUUCAUGAAGAGUUACGGCACCCAUUACAUUGAUUCGUAUGUAACGGGCAAUUUUAUUUAUCAGGUGUUCAAAUACAAACGGCCUUGGUACAACGCGUUCAAAGCGAAAAUCCGCAACGGGCUGCAGUCUGGAUCCAGUAACCUGCGAUUUUAUUUCUCAUCCUACUUCCUCACGCAAAUUGGGGAUAUACGGAUAGCGAGCGGCAACAAAACUGUAGAAGCGUGGGCUCGUCACAACCUACGCGACAGCCAGUACUUAUACUCCAGACCUAGUCUCCUAAGGCUCCAUUACAGCCCUAUGUUGGCUUACAAACUUAACCAUUUGCUGGACAACGGCGCUUUACUAGGCCUGGGCUUGAAGACUCUAAGGCCGCUCUUCAAGGACAGACGCAAAGGGGAAUUGUAUGCAGAGAUAGUUGAAAACGAUUUGCAGUUAUGGGAGGUGAACGCGUAGUUAUAUGUUUUUAUUUAAAGAAAUUGAUACUUUAAAAUAUUUUGUCUUUAUCUGUUUAUACCUAUAUAUCUGUACCUUUGAGAGAAAUAAUAACAUAUCAUAUAGAUACAUUAUCAACAUCACAAAAGCGAACGAAACAAGAGAGCAGAUUCAGAAAAAAAUGACAAUGAAGAAAGGAAAAUUGCUUAUUAUAUGGCAUAUUUACGUAAAUAUGCCAUAUAGCAAUACCAUGUACCUAUUCAUAGAUAACUAUUUCUCGGAAAAAAAAAAUCUUUUUAAUAAAAGAAAGAACUUAGUACAUUAGUUUAUUCAUUAUUUAAAAUUACAAAUUUUAUUCGACGUUUACUUAAUUUUGUAUUUACAAACAAGUUCAACCUUUUAGUUGUUUUUUUAAAAUAUCUCAUUUUGUUUUCAAAUUAUGUUUUAAAUAUGCUGUAUUCAAAUGUGGGUAAUAGUUAUUUAUUCUAAUAUUUUCUAAAACUACAAUACAAAAGUACAUUCAGAUCCUAUAAAAUUAAACACAUGCUUCUAAUUGAUAUUUAACUUUAGACCAAACACAAACCUAUCAAAUUUUUUAUACAUAAAAAUUAAGUGCAAAUACUUUAAGGGC